AGGAAUCCUCCUCUUUUGAGAUCAGGACUUCUGAGAAAUGAGCUGCCAAUGAAUCAACCUGAAGAUAGGCUCUUCUCUCUUGGCCUUGAGGUCUUCUAGAGGGUUUGAGCCUCUUUGCCAUAAUGAAGGGGUUGGGGACCAACCGUAACAGACAUCUGUCUGACUCUUGUGAUCCCUCUCUAAAUCACCCAGAGGCUCUCUACCACCAGAAGACCAGCACACUGCCACGCAGCCCUUACCUGCUUAGCCCCACAAUGGACCACUACGGCACCAUGGACCCCCACCUCUAUCCUUCUGCCAAUCCAGGCUCCCUUCCAGCAGACUGCAUGUUGCCCCUCAACAAUCAGCUUUCCAAUAGCAGCACUUUUCCCAGCAUUCAUUACAACUCCUACGACCAGUCCGAUUUCUCUCCUCCUAGUGACAGUAUCGGCGGGAUAGGCACAGGCACCAUGGGAACGUCUCUGUCAAUGGGCAUGGGAUCAGGUAUGGCCAUGUCAGGGCUGGGUGGUAGAACACCUAUGAUCACAAGCGGCUCAGCCACCAUAUCACACCAUAUCAAUAAGAGUCAAACCCCACCCAGUCUACUUGAUUUUGAGAAGCAGCUUCCUGGAGGUCGUGACGGAUUCAGCACUUUACAGUUUCAUCGGACUUCGGCUGCUGUUGCUGCCAAGCAGCGGACAGACAGUCCUGGUCGCAUUCGUUACAUGCUGCACUCAGUGCAGAAGCUCUUCGCUAAGUCCCAAUCGCUGGAGAGCCACAACAUGAAGGGAAAUGUAAAUGGAAGAUCAACUGGCAGCGGUGGAGGCACCUCUUCCGGCACUGAGGAUGGAGGGAAGCACAAUCGCAGAUCCAAAAGUAAAGAUCGUGUUACAAAGUCUGAGGCGACUGCUAAAAGAAGGCCGAGAUCCAACAUGUCAGGGUACUGGAGCUCAGAUGAUUUGGACAGCAGUGAUUUGAGCAGCUAUCAUAAUACUAUGACCAUGAUGACCCUUGGGCGUCCAAGUGGCCAUGAAAGCCAUAGUGGUCAGAAUAAAUACAUCCACAGUGGCUACAAUACUAUCAGUUCCUCUAAAAGCAGCAAUGACAUGAAGUAUCCAGCACUUCCUGGAGUUGGGGAUAUUGGUGGUGGACUUAGUGGACCAAUGGGUAUGAUGAUAAACGAUACAGAGUAUGUUAAAGGAGGAUCUUGGUCCACACUGACCAUGGGUCAACCAAGACAGGUUCUUCAGAAGGGUUCAACUACUCUGGACAGGUCAAUGCUCAAGUCCAAGUCCUGCCAGCAGGAAUUAACUCGUAACUAUCUACAAGUUGGACGCAGGGGGGAUUGGAGUAGCUCAUUAGGUCGCGGUGCGGGUUUCAAUGAGAUCCCAUGUCGGCGGAUGCGCAGUGGCAGCUAUGUAAAGGCCAUGGGAGACAUGGAGGACAGUGACGACUCUGAUGGAAGCCCUAAACCUUCGCCCAAAAGUGCUGCUCGUCGUCAGAGCUACCUCAGAGCUACCCAGCAAUCUCUAAGUGAACAGCUACCCCCACAUAACUGUCUUCCGUCUCUCAGAGAGCUUUCUAGUAAUCGCAGCCUUGACAACCUGGACUGCAUUGGAGGACCAGGGGCUUUGGCACCAUGGGAUGAAGAUGGCUUCAGUCAGGCUUGCAGCACCCUGGGCAGACGUAGUUGCAUGGGACAGUUGCGGGACUUGGAAAAAAGUCAUCAUUAUGAAGACAGAAGCUCAGAGCCUACCUUCAGAGAUUCCCGUCCGCAGGACAUUUCGGAGCCUCCAGACAUGCCCAUGCCAACAUGCUUCCGCUCCCGCAGCCACAGCUACCUUAGAGCUAUCCAGGCUGGCUGUUCCCAAGAUGACGACACCGCUUCCAUAGACUCAGGCUGCUCUCCACCUCCGACUGACUCCUCCGUUCGCACGUAUGGCACUGGCACUGACGACCUUUCUUCACAAUGGAAGACAUGGAAAGAACAGUUUUCAUCUUACCUGAUAGCCACUGGCUUGGAUAGAGCUCCAAAGGAGAAACAACUUGCAAUUUUUCUUCAGCGCUUUGGGACAGACAGACCACGCAUCCUACCCCCACACACAGUCUCUACAUGCAUAACAAGCUGUAAGAAGGCCGCCCCCCCACCUGUGCCUCCGCGCACAACCUCCAAGCCCUACAUAUCGGUAACGGUGCAGAGCAGCACAGAGUCGGCGCAGGACAACUACUUAGACCAGCAGGAUAGGAGGUCAGAGGUCAACAGCCAGUCCAGCCACGCUCACAGCAACUCCUCCGACAGCCUUGACAGCACCCGUGCCAACAGUCUGGCCUGGGGUAUCCCUCGACCUCCGCACAUCAUCCCCAUUCCUGUUGCUACGCCGAGGGAGCCAAUCGUCCCUAGCACCGCCAACGCUUCCACCGAGACAAGUGACUCAGUCGUCCACAAUGAAUCUGUGAAAUCAGGAUCUAGUAAAGGGAAUUUAACAGCAGAGGAACCUUUUGUAGCCCCAGUACCGAGGCGGAAACUGUCUUCUAUUGGGAUACAGGUCGACUGCAUUCAGGAAGCCCCCAGAGAGGAGACCCCGCCUCUGGCCAAAUUCCAGUCGAUAGGAGUACAGGUGGAGGACGGGUGGCAAGUCAGUCGCUCCAGCAGUAUGGCAUCCAAACAAGAAACAGACUCUGACACACAGGACAUCUCUGCCAUUUCUCAUAUCAGCAUUGCCAAAACCUUUGAGAAAAAAGUCAUGGUCAACAGUGCCAGUCAGUCCAUGAGUUCCCCACCUGGACAAGACUCUUUAGACAACGGAGACCCGUCUGGCAACACCUCCUCCCCGCCGCCUCCCAGGCAAAUCCUCAACCGCUCCACCACACGGAGCAGCUCCUCCUCUUUCUCCGAAAGCCUGGACCCGGCGCUGGACCCCUCCUCUCUGCCCCCUCCAGACCCCUGGCUCGACAGCGGAAACGGGAACAACGGAAGCGCCUCUCAGAGCGGAGGAGGCGGGACGCUGUGUCGGAGAGACGGCCACUGGUUCCUGAAGCUGCUGCAGGCCGAGACGGCACGGAUGGAGGGCUGGUGCCAACAGAUGGAGCAGGAAACCAAAGACAACCAGCUCUCAGAGGAGGUGCUGGGGAAAGUUCGCACCGCGGUGGGAAGUGCUCAGCUCCUAAUGUCUCAGAAGUUCCAGCAGUUCCGGGGACUGUGUGAGCAAAACCUGAAUGUGACUGCAAACCCACGGCCCACAGCCCAGGACCUGGCUGGCUUCUGGGACCUGCUACAGCUAUCUAUCGAGGACAUUAGCCUCAAGUUUGAUGAGCUCUACCAUCUCAAGUCCAAUGACUGGCAGCCCGUACCGUCUGCGGCCACCCAGUCAUCCCCUGAGCGGAAGAGCGAGGACAAGGCAGCCCUUCCUGUGUCCAAGAAGCCUAAUAAGACGCGGCCAACGCUUGCCCGCGAGAAGAGUGCCGACUCCUCUUCAACAUCUUCAUCAGCCUCUGCAGAAAAGCAGAGACAAGAGGCUCGCAAACGCCUGCUGGCUGCUAAGAAGGCUGCCUCGUUUCGCCAGAACUCUGCCACGGAGAGCGCGGACAGCAUUGAAAUUUACGUCCCCGAGGCCCAAACUCGCCUCUGAGAGGAAGACAUGAGCGAGAAGGAUCCUAGGACGGAUAAGUGUUUUCUCUGGAGAAAAAAAAAAGAAAAAUGAGGAGGAUGUUUAUUCAGGUCAGAUGAAUUAUUGUGAGUAAGGAAGGGGUGUGUAGAGGGGCAAUGCCAGUGAAUGGGUAUAUUUUUAACAUAAUCAUAGGCUGGUCCUGGUUGCAAAUGAUAAUAAACCAUUUAUAUCAGACUGUAAACUCAUGAAGCUGAAGAUUCCUCUUCUCAGGCUGCCAGCUGAUGAACUUUAUCAUUUCUUGUCACUUUUUCUUGAUAUCAUUAAAAAAAAAGUUAUUAAAGUUAUUAAUAUAACAACUUUAGGUUUAAAAACUUUAUGAAGACUGUUUAGAAGUUCUUAUAUCUCGGCUCUAAGAUUUAUUAAGCGGACAGAAGGUACACUGGAAAAAAAAUCUAAAUCUAGAUAAUACAUUUUUUUUCUUAAAAU